AUGGGUGAAGAAGUUACACAAUAUGAAAUGGUAAAUUCACAUACAGACAAUACUAAUAGUAAUGAUUCUACUGGUUGUGGUGAACAAGAUGUGAAAGGAGAUUCAAUUGAUGAAGUGGAUAAAACAAUUGUGGCAUCGUCUCCACCAGCAUCGCUAUCAUCCGAUGAUGAAUGUAGCAAAAUAAAAUUUAUUGAAAAGUGUGAAGAAAUUAAAACAAAUUGUGAUGAUGGUGAUGAUAAUUCAGUGGUGCAGCAGAAGCAACAAAUGGAUAAAAGUGCAAAAAAAUUAUCAAAUGUGAAUGGACAUAAACCACACGAAGUGUCUAUAGAAAAAUCCAAAAAGUGGUACAACAUAAGUUUCAUAAAUCGUGGCAAUCAUAUUAAUAAUGGAAAUGCCAUUAAUUCGACUGCUGUUGCUGCAAAUUCAAGGAUCAACAAUUCAGGCGAAAAGAAAAAUUCUGAAAAAAUGGAUAAGCGACACAGCUGGCACUUAAACGAUUCAGCAGUUGUUGAAAUGUGA